AGUUUUUUAAUCAAAACAUUUUAAUUUAUUUAACGGACAAUUCAAGUUUUUAUUACUUAAAAAUGGGUGGACAUAAGAGGAAAUCUUCUGAUCGAGACAAAGAUUAUGAAAAAUUAAAAAAGCGACUGCGUGAAAUGGAAAAGAAGCUGGAAAAACGCGAACAGAGGAUAAACAACGACAAGGAGAAUGACAAUGGCGGUGCUCAGAAUGGAAAGUUAGAGACUCCAGGGAGCACUGUGAACGCCACACCGAAAAAUCCGGAGGAGAGAGAAACUCCAGUUAUAGAUUUAUCAAAUGAAAAUGAAACUGGGGAAACAUCACAAGAAACACAAUCAGCCAGUGGGCGUCUGAGCCAGAAGGCUUAA